UGACGUUUGGCAUGACCAGUUCUACGAUGUUCUACUAUACGAAGGUUCUGUCAGAGCUGUUCCUCGACUCCCAGUUCAACGAGACGAGGAACAACUACCGCGGCAUGAACCAGAUGAUGGACUGCUGGAGGUUUGCCUGGGAGCCAAUGCUUAACGGACUCUACUGGGAGAAAUGGUACAACGGUGAGCCAGUGAACAUGACACGAUCCAACGGAAGCUUUAUCUUCUACGAGAACAAGAUCCUCGGC